UCAAGAGCUGCUCCACCUUACGGGAAGCAACGACGGCAGCUUAAUCUUUCAUUGGGAAAAAGGGUGAAAGGCGAGACGAAAACGGAAAAAUUUGUCUUCGCCUCUCAGCCUCCAGCCAACAUGAUCCACAGCCUGUUCCUAGUUAACUCCUCAGGAGACAUUUUCCUGGAGAAGCACUGGAAGAGCGUGGUCAGCCGCUCCGUGUGUGACUACUUCUUCGAGGCGCAGGAGCGUGCCACUGAGCCGGAGAAUGUCCCACCAGUGAUCCCCACGCCGCAUCACUACCUUAUAAGUGUGCUCCGCCACCGCAUCUACUUUGUUGCCGUCAUCCAAAGCGAGGUCCCGCCGCUGUUUGUCAUCGAGUUUCUGCACAGAGUCGUUGACACGUUCCAGGACUAUUUUGGCGUGUGUACAGAGGCUGCUAUUAAAGACAAUGUUGUAGUGGUGUAUGAACUGCUGGAGGAAAUGCUGGACAACGGCUUCCCGCUGGCCACAGAGUCCAACAUCCUCAAAGAGCUCAUUAAGCCUCCCACCAUCCUCCGCACAAUGGUCAACACCAUCACAGGCAGCACCAACGUUGGUGAGCAGCUCCCUACAGGCCAGCUGUCAGUGGUGCCAUGGCGACGCACCGGAGUCAAAUACACCAACAAUGAGGCCUAUUUUGACGUUGUAGAAGAGAUUGAUGCUAUCAUCGAUAAAUCAGGCUCUACAAUCACAGCAGAAAUCCAGGGAGUUAUUGACGCCUGUGUAAAACUGACAGGCAUGCCCGACCUCACUCUCUCAUUUAUGAAUCCCCGGCUGCUGGAUGAUGUCAGUUUCCACCCGUGUGUUCGGUUCAAGCGCUGGGAAGCCGAGCGGAUCCUCUCCUUCAUCCCACCUGAUGGAAACUUCCGGUUGCUGUCCUACCACGUCAGCUCCCAGAAUCUGGUGGCGAUCCCGGUAUAUGUCAAGCACAACAUCACCUUCAGAGAGGGAAGCUCCCAAGGACGCUUUGACUUGACUCUGGGACCCAAGCAGACUAUGGGCAAGGCCGUGGAGUCAGUCCUAGUCAGCAGCCAGCUGCCCCGGGGCGUCCUGAACGCCAACCUCAACCCCUCACAGGGAACAUACACCUUUGACCCAGUCACAAAGAUGUUGACAUGGGAUGUCGGCAAGAUCAACCCACAGAAGCUUCCCAGCCUGAAAGGCACCAUGAGCCUGCAGGCCGGGGCCUCCAAACCUGAUGAGAACCCCACCAUCAACAUCCAGUUCAAGAUCCAACAGAUGGCCAUCUCAGGGCUGAAGGUGAAUCGACUGGACAUGUAUGGGGAGAAAUAUAAACCUUUCAAAGGCAUCAAGUACAUGACGAAGGCUGGCAAGUUCCAGGUGCGGACAUAAAGACUACUGCUUUAUGACUACUGGACCAAACCACCACGAGACUGAGGGGUGACGUGACGUGGGAUGGGGAGUUGGUACAUUCCCUAUGUAUAUGCAUUUCUGGAUUUAACCAAUUGGAGGCUCCAUGUAGCAGUUAAGAAUGGACCAUUGCACAUAGAAACCUCUGUCGAAGCAAAAGUUAAAAAUGUCCUGUAACCUGGUUAGAGCUCUGAGUCCGGACAGAUAAAACACCUCCAUCUCUGUCUAAGCCAAACCCAGGCCAAACCCAACUCAUUCUGCUUUAUAUUUGCUUUUAAGGUCAUUUUUCAAUGAUUAAUUUAACCACAAGUCCAAACUCAAGCAGUUACAUCAGACUUUUGUCUCAGUUUGCUUAUAGAAAUGCUCCAUCAAGUUCAAACACUUCAAACAAACAACAGGCUAAAAUCUGAUACCGCACUGUUUCAGCUGUAGGUAUCAGGACUGAAAGGAGUCUGCCGUCCACAUUUGAACUUAGUAUUUCAUUGUCUCUGGCAUGUUUGUCUGUGUUUUUUUCCACUCUACAAACCAGAUUUGUUGGAUAUUAGACCAGUUUAAAACAGAGCGUCCCCAUUAAUAAGUCGACAUAGCAUGGAGCUGUAUAAUGUGGCAGAAAUGUUCCCCUGCCAAAGGAUCUAUGUGAGAUAAAACAAAAGCGUUGUUUGACAGAACAUUAGCUCAUCAAACUGAGUCAAGAAACUGGUAGCAGUUGAUCAGGUGAAUAUGCCGUAACAGCCUGUACUGUAAGUUUUUUCUAUAAAUCAGUAAGACAGUUCAGCUUUUUCUUUAGAGAAAAAAGUAAAACCUUUUUUUAAAAAAAAAACAACAAAAAUUGCUCUUACAUGGUCCCCUGGUCUUGCGUUUCUUCUCUCUGAUCCUUAUUGAGGAGCCCUGGUUGCAGCCUACCAAUGAAAGUUGAUAUCUCUGUAUUUCUUAUCAUCCGUCCUCUCCUGUCUAUUUUUUCUGACUCUUUUUCCAGCGUUCAUCUGUUCUCUGUUUGCUUUCCUGUUUGUUCUGUUCUGGCUUCUCCUGGUUGCAAUUAUUUGGUGAUUUUGUCUGUAGCACUGGAGUCAGAAAACUGACACAUGAGAACGUAACACAUGGAGCCGUCCUCAGUCAUGCACUUUCCCGGCUGCUGGUACUAACAUUUCCUUUUAAUGCAGGUGACAUGGAUGUAGAGUGACUAAAGCUGUUUUGAGUUAUUUAUUACCGAGAAGAUUUCUGGGAGAAUUUCAGGUACAUGUUCACCUGCUUUUUUUUUUAACUAUUAUUUAUUAAAAGAAACAAAGGAUCCAUUUGCUAAAGCAGUGUCUAAUGUACAGCGUCUCCCAUUUCUGCAAUACUGUUAUUAAAUUCCGAUUAGACUUUUUAAUCUACAGGAGCAUAUAAUUUCACCAUAUUUAGACCAAACAGUAUCAGGUUUUGUUCUCAACACACAGAAGCGCGGCCAAUGUUUUUGAUUCCGUCAAUUUGGUGCUCAAAACUGUGGUCCACAUGAUCAAAAACCAAACUCUUGGUGCAUCAGAAUGUGCAUUUUGUUAUCCACUAAAUAACUUAAAAUUCAUCAAUAUAUUAAACUAUAUGUUAUGGAAUAAUGGUCAGGUACCUCAGAAGAAAUGUUGAAGGUUUGCAUUUUGUGUUUACAGCAUUUUGUUUGUGUGUUUGUUAAACAGCCUCCAAUGGAGUGUUACAAUGGUGUAAAGAAAUAAAGAGUUGAUGUGUUA